UUGCCCUUGGCCGCAGGGGUGGCACCUUGAAUCUUGGCUUCACUGCAUCAGGGGACCAACGGUGGCACAGGGCACCGCUGCUGUGAUUGUGGUUUAAAAUCUGAUAUUUCCUUUGGUCUGUGGUUUAAGGUCUCACUGCAGAACAAAAUGGGAGAUGCUGAAGCAGGCAAGAAGAUCUUUGUUCAGAAAUGUGCUCAGUGCCACACAGUGGAAAAAGGUGGAAAACACAAGACAGGCCCAAAUCUCUGGGGCCUUUUUGGCAGAAAGACGGGACAAGCACCUGGGUUUUCUUACACUGAUGCGAACAAGAACAAAGGUAUUGUCUGGACAGAAGCAACUUUAAUGGAAUAUUUGGAGAACCCAAAGAAAUACAUUCCGGGCACUAAAAUGAUCUUUGCUGGUAUCAAAAAGAAGAGCGAGAGAGAAGAUCUUAUUAAGUAUUUGAAACGGGCAACAUCCUCAUGA